UUGUACGAGCUCCACUAGUGCGCAGCUAUUACCGUCAAUUUCGUCUGCCGUAUUUGCUGUACCCGUUGACUUGUAACUAUUUGUAACGAAUACGCGUAGCUGUGGACUGUGGGGUGGGUGAAUAUUUAUAAUAUAUUCGUACUAAUAAGAUGGCCGGACCAGGUAAUUCGAAUGGUUCUCUGCUUGCUAAGCUGGGUUUGCAGCCAGUAACUAAAUGCAGCCUUGUCAAAUUUUACGUUCCGGCUUUCGGAGUCGCUUCGUACACUGCUCUGUCCGUCAACGUGAUGAACCCAAGUCUGAUUAUGAGGAUAUUUCCUAAAAAAGACAUAACAAACGUGUUGCUUGGCUCUGCGCUGGUAGGUACUGGAACCUACAUAUACACCAGAGAACAUCUUAAGAAAGCUCCAACGGCAACAAGAGUUGUAUACAGCGCUGCUGGAGCUGUCUUGUUGAGUUUUGGUUCAGUUCUGGUAUGGGCUGUACUGCGUUCGAUAGUGCCACCAAAUUCCACACUGUGUACUAUUGCUGGAAUUGGCUCUGGGAUUGCGUUUAUCAACGUCGGAAUGAACUACUUGGACUUUGUCGACUCCCAGAUCGCAAAGAAGUAGACCAAAUUAAUAAAAGUAUUCGGGUAAUUGUCUGAAUAAUCAUAUAAAAACAUAAACAUUGAAGAAGAAAAAAAAAAAAACGUAAAAAGCAACAAAAAAGCUGUGAAAUUUAUUUAAAAUAAAAACCUAUAAAAUAUCACAUUAGAUAUUGGUAGAUUAGAAAAAUAAUCUUUGUACAGCAAUUAUCCAUACCCAUUAAACAUAAGAUGAAAGUUGA